UAAAAGUGGAGCUUUGACAAAAGCUGCUCACCGACUAAUAGAGAACUCAAAGCGAAGUGGUUUACCUCUUUACCAUUUACCAACCCUACCGCUGCUCGAGAAGCGCGCAGCCAAAAAGCAAUGGCAGGGCAAAGCCAGCGGGCGUGCGAGUCACGUCUCGGCGACGCUCAUCAUCAUCUCUCGUACUACUUUCCCCUUGUAAUCGAAGCCUUGGCUGCAUCUCUCCAUACAAGUACGAGAUCGAUGCAUGGACUUGUUUGCAUCUGAAGUCUGAGAGGAAGAGCUCGGUGCAGUUUGGGUAAGUAAAGGACUGAUGGAGAAGGGCCGAUGGGAAGAUGUCAACAAGGCUCUACAGAGUGCUCAUGAUGGCUGAAAGCAGACUUGGAUUGCAAGUUCCCUCUCUCACUGUAGAUUUUGUGCUCAUACAUAGUAUAGUGGGGUUAUCCUCAUCACGAAACACAAGAUUAACGUGUAAUCUUAGGCAAAAAGGAAGAAGAUUCUUGUUGGUCCUCUCUCUCUCUCUCUCUCUCUCUCUCACUGUGAACUACACCUGCGGUUAAUCACCUUGGAACGGGUACAUCAUCUCUCUUAUUCAAAGCUGCCUUCUAUACUGUGUAGGAGAGACUGUGUCGUACGUCCUUCUUCUAUAUUGUCGCACUGUAUAGUUCGGAUUGGUUGGGGCUGCAGAGACCGAGAGGUGUCCUCGUUUGUGGUAGUGUGUGUACAUAUUGGAGAAGGAGAAAAGGGUGGGGGAAUCGAUGAGGACGGAGGUGGCGACGAUACAGCAGAUGCUGACGCCGGAGGCGGCAGCGGUUUUGAUGCGGUCUGUCGAGGAAGCGCGCCGCCGACGCCAUGGCCAGACGACGCCGCUCCACGUGGCAGCCAACCUCCUCGCAGCUCCCUCGGGGCUCCUCCGCCGAGCCUGCGCCGUCUCCCACCCGCUCCUGUCUUCCUCCUCCCACCCCCUUCAUUGCCGGGCCCUCGAACUCUGCUUCUCCGUCGCGCUCGAUCGCCUCCCGGCUAGUGCCAGUUCAAGCAGCGCCGACGCCGAGCAGCCGCCACUCUCCAACGCGCUGGUUGCGGCAGUCAAGCGCGCCCAGGCCCACCAGCGCCGUGGGUGCCCCGAGCAGCAGCAGCAGCAGCCCCCGCUGCUCGCCGUCAAGGUCGAGCUCGGCCACCUCGUCGUCUCUGUUCUUGAUGAUCCCUCCGUCAGCCGCGUCAUGCGCGAGGCCGGCUUCUCGAGCCCCGCCGUGAAAGCUGCCAUCGAGCACUCGCUCUUCUCCGAUUCUGACGCUGCCGCCGCUUCGCCGAGCCUUCCGGGCACGAGGAACGUAUACAUCAGUCCUCGGUUGCAGCAGAAACAGGGGAGGAGCAGGCCGGACGCAAAGAAGAGGGAGGAGGUCAAGAAGGUGUUGGACAUAAUGACGAGGGUGAAGAAGAGGAACCCGGUUCUCGUCGGCGACUUCGAGGCAGCGUCGGUGAUGGAGGAGGUGCUAACGAUGAUCGAAAAGGAGGAGCUCGGCAUGGACAACCCGGCAACAUUACGUUUGGCUCAAGUCGUGUCCUUGGAGAAGGAAUUCUCGUCUUCGGAACGAAGCUUGAUACCCAGAAAGAUCAACGAAUUAUAUGGCACUUUGGAACACGUGAUUCGUGCUCGCUCCACCAAUGGUGGCAUGGCAGGUCUAGUUCUCGAUCUGGGGGACUUGAAAUGGCUUGUGGAGAGCCCCGGCGGAUCCGGUGCAAGCUCGGUUCAGCAGAUGGCCCGCGCCGCACUGACGGAGAUGGGGCGGCUACUGUCCAAGCUCCGAGAAGGCGACGGAAGCAGAGGCCGAGUUUGGGUGGUCGGGACUGCGACAUGCGCGACGUAUCUGAGAUGCCAAGUCUACCACCCGACGAUGGAGGGAGACUGGGACCUCCAGGCCGUGCCCAUCCCGCCGAGGUCGCCACCGAUGGCCGGCUUGUUCCCAAGGUCCGGAGGCAAUGACAGCGCAAGCAGCUCGAUCAUGGCAGCUGGUACCGCUGCCAUCGUCCUGACUCGACCAUUGGAAAGCAGCAGUUGCUCGCAGCCGGCAGCUUUGUGCCAACUUUGCAUGGCGGGCUAUCAGCAUGAGCUUGCCAAGCUCGUACCAAACGAAUCAGAGGGCCGCUCUUCAAAGCCCGGACAGCAGUCAAAGGGAAGUCUACCCCGGUGGUUGCAGAUCGCGGUUCCCAGCAGGACACCCGCAUCCGAUCACCACCUUCAGAUCGAGGAGCAGGAGCUUCUUCAGAAGGAAAAGGCUGAAGAGUUGCUGAGGAAAUGGUGUGGCAGAUGCACUCGCCUCCACAUGAAUCUUCGUGCAAAUGUUAUCACCUCUGGAAGAACUCCGGCCCCAAGUCUUCCGAUGCUAAGCUCAAGAAGCUGCACCAUUCUUCCACAGCAGCAUCUCGAACCAACUCCAACUCGAAAUGACGGUGAUGGCAGUCUGAAGCCGAACUCACUGGAAGACCAUAUAAGCCCGGUGAAGACAGACCUUGUUCUGGGGCUCUCGCGGCCUCUCAGUGCCCCAUUGCAGAAACCCCAUGGCGAGCGCACGGUGGCCUUGUCGAAGAGAUCUUGGGAUCAAUUUAGUGACCAACGAAGCAAAACAAUCACAGGUAUUCCAGAUGCUGAUUCCCUGAAGAGGAUCUCUAAUGGCCUGACCAAGGCCGUCAGCUGGCAGCCGGAGGCCGCCUCUGCCAUCGCCGCUGCAGUGGUGCGAUUCAAGUCCGGGAAUGGUAAGCGGCGCAGCGUUGGGGCCAGGGCUGGUUCAUGGCUGCUCUUCACUGGACCCGAUAAGGUUGGGAAGAGGAAGAUGGCUGCUGCCCUGUCGGAGCUCAUGUUCAACGCUGCACCGGUCAGAAUCAAUCUCGGUAGCCCAUCGUCUGCUGAUGGUGAUGAUGGAGAAAUGGAUGUCAAGACUUUGCUGGACCAAAUCGCUGAGGCCAUCCAGCAGAAUCCCUGCUCCAUAAUUGUGCUCGAAGACAUCGAUCAUGCCGACGAUCUCGUAAGGGGGACUAUCAAGCGUGCCAUCGAAAGCGGUCGACUCCUGGAUUCUCGUGGCCGGGAGGUCAGCCAUGGCGGCAUCAUCUUCAUCCUCAUUUCAGAUCGGUGGCCUGACAAUCUCAGGAACUCAGAGGACUGCCAUCUCCAAUGCAGAGGGUGGCAACUGGAGCUCUCGUUCGGGGAAAAGAGCAGGAAGCGACAUCCCGAUCCGCCAUUGAAGAAUGAGCAGCCGCCGAAACAGAGAAAGCAGUCUUGCAGUCAGGGCCUUUCUCUCGAUUUGAAUUUGGCUGUCAGCGAAGAUGAUGAUGAUGGCGAAGAGGGUUCGUGGAAUUCCAGUGACCUCACAGUGGAGCACGAGCACAAGUACGGGCAGCUCGCCGUCGACUGCCCAACAUCAUCGUCGAAUGCCUCUGAGCUAAUCGAUAUAGUGGAUGAAGCCAUCGUGUUCAACCCCGUAGACUUUAGCACAUUGAAGAAGACACUCUCCGAGUCGAUAUCCUCGACAUUCACAAGAAUCAUGGGCACCGGUCGACCAUUACGGAUCGAUGAGGAGGCACUCGAUCGAAUAGUUGGCGGGGUUUGGCAAAGCGGAGCCACCACGGUGUUCGACGAAUGGACCGACAGGGUACUGGUGCCAAGCAUCAAUCAACUGAGGAGCAAUUCAGAGGUCAACAACCGAUCUACGGUACGGCUAUCAUCGGUGAAGGCGAACAACGAUACAAACAAGGGAGGCUGCGCCGGGAAUUGGCUGCCGAGCUCCGUCAGCAUCGCCAUACAUGGAGCUUGAAAGCUUAGGAUAUAAUCGAAGGAUAAUUUCCUUUUUCUUUUUCUUGUUCAUAGCGAUUACAUUGAUUAGUAUCUCUGUUCAUGUACUAAUUAAUGAUAAUGGAGUACGUUUAAUUCCACGUAAAUUCUCAUGCACCAUUGCCAAACUUACCGGAUAACUACGGAGUGCAGAGUGUGGAAGACGUCGAGCAUCAUGUUGUCGACACUCGGGAAAGAGCAUGGAAGCAAGAAGCAGCCGUGUCACUGUGUGGGUGCAGCAGCACGUCUUCCGAGAGAAGACAAGCGGGUGGAGCUGCUUCAGAGAUGGCAGAGGCCAUGGCGAGCACAUGACCGAUGAACACCGCUUAAUCUUUUGACCCAUGAGACGAUUAAAGCGGAAGCACUCAGGAUUAACCUUUGCCCAGCGAGACCAAAAGCUGCGCUGCCACAUACAGUCGGUCCCCUUUCUGCACUCCAACAGUCUUUGCCUUUCCCUUUCAUUCCUCGCCUUAUCCUUACUUUCUCUUAUCGAGUAAGAAAAGAAAUAUCAGAGUGACUGUGAACAGAACCUGUGGUUUUUAGUGGUCCAAUUGAUCUUUUCUUUUUGUUCUUCCUAAAUCCUCAUUCUCAUUUCAUCUUUUGGACUCGC